UUCACUUCACUCCUCCUCUGUCACUGAACACCUCACUCACUGAACACCUCACUCACACUCCCACUUCCACCCACAGAAACCCUAAUCCCAAACCGUUCUCGAUGGCUCCGAGCAAAAGCCUCCUCAUCGACGAUCCACCCAGCGCCACCGCCUCCGCCACCUCCUCCGAGUCUUCCGACGACGAGAAAAAUUAUUAUAUCCAGCUGCCUUGUUCAUCUCAAAAACAACCAGCAGUGGUCGAAGGAGAAGAAGAAAUAGGAGAUGAAGAUUCUUCAUCAGAAGAAGAAGAUGAUUCUUCAUCUGAACAAGAACUUCAACAUUCUCAACCUGCAUCCCAAAAUCCUCCACCUUCUACCUCAAUCUCUAACCCUAAACCUGUUGCUUCUGCUGAAUCCGAAUCCGAAGAAGAAGAUUCUUCAUCUGAAGAACUUCAACAUUCUCAACCUGCUGCUUCCCAAAACCCUACACCUUCUACCCCAAAUUCAAACCCUAACCCUAAAUCUGUUGCUUCUGCUGAAUCCGAAUCCGAAUCCGGAUCCGAUUCUGCGGAUUCCGAACCGAAACCCACUACACCUCAUGACACUAAACUCAAACAACAACACGCUUCCAAGCCCAUCAAAACCCAACCACAGGCCCAAUCAUCAGCUCAAGCCCAAACCACUCCUAAAUCUGGGAACAAACGUGCUAACGACGACAACAACGCCAAUGGAAAUGCUGCAAAACGUUCCAAAGGCAAAGAAACUGUUUCUGCCGCUGCUGGUGGUAGAAUCUUCAGUGAAGGCGAUGAACUCGCUAUUCUGAGAGGAGUUGCUGACUUCCUUUCCAAAACUGGAAAGGAUCCUUCGAAGAAUAUAGAUUCUUUUCAUGAUUUUGUGAAGAACUCGCUUGGUGCUACGGUGACUAAUGAGCAACUUAAGCGAAAAAUUCGUGGUCUAAGGGAGAAAUAUGAAUCAUGUGAUAAUUUCAUUAAACCCCAUGACAAGAAAGCUUUAGAACUCUUCAAAAAGAUUAAAUGGGGAAACAAUGGUGGGAAUGUUGCUGGAGAAGAAAAUGGAAAAGCUGUUGAUGUGAAAAGUCCAAAGAAAGAUGUUAAUGUUAAAGUUAAGCACAUUGGUUCUUCUUCUAGAAAUGUGGAAAGUGUUUCUGAUAAUAAUGUCAUUUUGAAAGAAAUUUGUCGUUUUGGUGUUGAUAUGGGUUUGUCUGCUUUGAACAAGGAUGCUGUGAAACAGGGAUUGGAAAUGAUUGCUGAAAGCAGUAGGGCUGAAAUGGAGCGCCAAUGGAGGCGCCUUCAUGUCACCGAAUUGGAGGUUUUAAUGAAUCUGGCGCAGUUUGUGAAAGAGCUUUCUAGGGAAAUAUUGGAGGAACUCAAGAAAUCAAUCCAUUAGGAUUAUCUAUCUAUCUUAUGUAUAGUUUUUUUAGUUAAUCUAUGACUUGUUUUGGAUAAUUUUGAGGCUAUUUGGAUUUUACAACUGAUUAGGUAUAUUUUUGGUGGUUAUCAGUUGCUUGUUUUGGAUAGUUUUGAGCCUCUAUGGUCAUUUUUUGGGGGGUUAACAUCUAUGGUAUGUUUGGUUAUUGACUAUUAACUAUAUGAACUUAAGCACUUUUUCUGUUUA